GGACAACCAACCUUCAAUGUCCGGCCAAGGGCAUAAUGGCGUAUCACUCGUUUUGGAAACUAUUUUUUGGAGUUACUCCCUAGAUUUACCUUCAAAGUAUAGUUUUUUUGUAUCAUUAAGUAGACACUAAAAAUCAUUAACAUAUACUGUUCAAUUUUGCUGGAUUGCAGUAAUUGUUUUAUGUAUACUUUUAGUUAAUAAUAUGUAUUCAAAAUGGCGACUAGUUUGUCUGUCGGGGUUAUGAUACACACACGCGUCAGUUGGCAACAGGCAGUAUUUUAAUAAACAACUAUACCUAACAGACUGAAAUAAAAAUGAUAUAAAGUGGAUUUACACAAACCCACCCGUUAUGUAAUGAAAUAAUUGUUGAUACACUUUUAAUAUAAAAUGUUACGCUUGCAAUGUCUACAUUAUUGCUUGAUCUUUCACCUUUCACCUACAACCCGUUCUCUUUAUACAUCCAUGCUACAACCCCACUGUGACAGAAAAAAUGGCUGCCUCCUUCCCAGGCAUCGCGAAGGUUUUGUGCCGUCUAUCGCCUUCAAUUUUACAUCCAUUGCGACAGUAUCAGCCCUUUCUGCAGAGGCUACCUGUAAGGUCAUGUCCGGGUCUCUCUCCAUUUGUACCUCCAAGUCACUCUUUCUGCAAAGCAGCAUCACUCAAGAAUGAUGAUGAUGCUGCUGCUGAGGCUAAUGAGGCUCAAGCCCGCUACAAGGAAAGACCCUGGGAUUAUCUUGAGAGUGAAGAGUACAUUGACAGGUAUAACACCAAACCAGUGUGGGCAGGCUACAGGAGGAACCACAAGGGUAGCAUCCCCCCACAAGAGACCCGCAAGACCUGCAUUAGAGCAGGCAAUUUAUGUGGAAACCCCUGUCCAGUUUGUCGGGAUCCAAACGUCAUCAUCCACCAUCAGAAUGUGAAGUUGUUGCAGCAGUUCAUUAGUCCCCACACUGGAAAGGUGUAUGAUCCCACUCGAACUGGUGUGUGUAUGAAACAGCAGAAGAAGCUAAAUAAGGCAGUCGAAGCAGCAAGAGAUCACGGCCUGCUGCCCUUUCAGAUUCCACAUGUGGAAUUUUCAGUUGAGGACUACUCCAAUUCCCAUGAUGCCGUGGGGUCCACACCACCUCCCCAGGUCAUAACCUCUGGUGACCCCUGGUAUAAAUGGUACAGUAAAAUAACACCUGAUGAGCAUGAAGUGGCUAAAAUCAAGAAGACAUAUAAGGCUUAUCUAAAGUGAUGACUACAGAACCAGGCUGUUCACCUUGGCUUGCUAAACAUAUCAACGUCUAUUGUACCACGGGAAUGUCCCCCCUGUUUCCACAUGCUACUGGUAUGAAAAGAAAAACUCCACAAUAAAAAAAAACAUGAUGAAAAA